GUCAUGGAAGCGGAAGGGAGGAGUGAGCAGGGUAAGCAAAAGAAGAGGCGACUUUGCACCAGCCCCUGGCCCCAGAGCCACCCCGUCGCCGCUGGGACUCUGACCUCCACGGCCGACACCGGCCCUCGGCCCUACAGGAGCCUCUCUGGUGUAGGAGUGCAGAGACCAAGGCUGUCCCCCCACAGAGGACAGAGGGGUCGCCCACACUCCCGACGCCGCCACCGUACCACCUUCAGUCCCGCACAGCUGGAGCAGCUGGAGGCAGCCUUUGGGAGGAAUCAGUACCCCGACAUUUGGGCCCGAGAGGGUCUGGCCCGGGACACAGGCCUCAGCGAGGCCAGAAUCCAGGUCUGGUUCCAGAACCGCAGAGCUAAGCAGAGGAAGCAAGAGCGGUCACUCCUCCAGCCACUGGCCCAUCUGUCUCCUGCCACCUUCUCUGGUUUCUUGCCCGAGUCCCCUGCUUGCCCCUACUCCUACCCAACACCGCCUCCACCCAUGACCUGCUUCCCUCACCACUACAACCACACCCUUCCCUCUCAGCCCUCCACGGGCAGUUCCUUUGCUCGACCCCACCAGCCUGAAGACUGGUAUCCCACCUUGCCUCCAACGCCCACUGGCCAUCUGCCCUGCCCCCCACCCCCUACCAUGCUUCCCCUCAGCCUUGAGCCCCCAAAGUCCUGGAACUAAGGUCAGACAGGUACUGAUAAGGAAAUCCACCCCACCCCCCAGCCCGUGGCCCUGGUGAAAUGCACAGAAAGUUGGGUGGCUUCCCUUACUUCCAAGGUUCAAGUAGAAAUUUAGUGAGGGACAGCUCAGAGACUGGGAAUUUAGAGAUGGGAAGUCAUGCUGAAGAAGGCCCACAGGUCAUUCAUUAGUUAAGGGAAUUUAGGGAGGUGAACCUACUAGAAGAUAGAAGUAAAAAGCCUCCGGGGAGGUGACCGGUGGAAGGGUGGGUAUCGACGGAAGCAGUUGUUGCUGCUGGUGAAUGGAAGUGAUUGAACAUGACAGAACUUUCGGGGCUAUGUGGAUUAAGAUCACAGUUGAAGAUCUUCACGCAGCAGUUUCUAGCUGCCUUUAAUAAGGCUUUCGAUUCAAAGUCUACCUGUUCAUCCUCUCUCCAUCACCCACCCGCCACCCAAAUCAGACAUUCACUUUUGUUCAUUAAUGUUCUAGGAAUACCUCUUGAAUUUUUUCCUCUCUUUUCCAUUCCGGCAGACACUUUGCCUUUUCUGGCCACAUAUCUUCUAACUGGUCCUCCUCAGUGGCUCCCUUAGCUCCAGACUUUCCCCUUACCAACAGGACCCUGAAAAUCUGAUCAUCACAGAACAGCUCUCCAAUAUCUCAUAAACAAUAAAAAAAAUAAGAUCUGAGUCUUCAGUAUUACCUUCAACCUGACUUUGAAAUCGAUUGCAAGUCAUAACAUAUAUGUUUUCUGAUAGAGAAGAAACAAUGAGAUUCAGGGCUGACUUUUCCAAAUGCCAGCCAGGAGUCUUAAGGCUUGCAAGAGGUCAUUCCCAGGAAAGAACCCACUGGGAAGUCCCUUGGUCUGAGCCCUCCUCACAGAAACCUGGCGCGGCCUCAUUAGUGGCCCCAUUUAUAUAUCCUAUGGCUUAUAAGGUAUUUUACUCAUAAUGUGCAUACUUACUUAUUGGCAGGCCCAUAGAAAAAUCCUUAAACAAGCCCCUAGGAAUGGAUAGUCAUGUUAUUUAUAAAAUUUUAUAUAUAUAAAAGUCUGGAGUCAAAACCU